GCUACACGUUAGUCGCCGCUUCGUCCUGGAUGUGGGUUCAUCUAUUUAGGUUUUGAUUUAUAUUUCUUCGCCUUUGCUAGCCCUAACAAAUAAUGUCUGAAGAAGCAGAAAAACCGGUAGAAUAUAACCUUGAGGCUGAUUCAGAGCUUAGAUUUGAAUUAGAAGCGAAAGGCGAGAAAGUGUUUGUGGAGCUAAAAUCUGGCUUUGCUGAAUUAUUCGGGACGGAAUUAGUAAAAGGGAAAGCCUAUGAAUUCACAACUGGAGCCAAAGUAGCAAUUUUUACUUAUCAUGGUUGCGUGCUGGAGGUUAAAGGGAAGACUGAUGUCCUGUACGUGGCCAAGGAGACUCCCAUGGUCCAAUAUAUAAAUUGUCAUGCAGCCUUGGAGCAGAUGCGUGAGAUUGCAGAAGAGAAGAAUGUACAGGGUCCCAUUGUUAUGGUGGUUGGACCGAUGGACGUCGGGAAAACAACUUUGUGUCGAAUAUUCCUGAAUUACGCGGUCCGCGUUGGGCGCCGACCGAUGUUUGUUGAUUUGGAUAUCGGCCAGGGCUGCAUAUCUAUCCCAGGAACUAUUGGCGCGAUACUGGUCGAAAGGCCUGCAAGUCUCGAGGAAGGAUUCUCACAGCAAGCUCCGUUAGUCUACCACCUAGGUCACAAGUCACCUUCAAGUAAUGAUGCCUUGUAUAGGAUUAUAAUAUCGAAAAUGGCUGAGGUGACCCUGGAGGCAUUGCAAGCCAAUAAGAAAACAAAAGCAUCAGGAAUGAUAAUCAACACUUGCGGUUGGGUGAAAGGCGGAGGCUAUAGACACUUACUACACGCUGCACAGGCAUUCGAAGUUGGCGCUAUCUUCGUCCUAGAUCAGGAGAGGUUGUACAACGAAUUACUCCGUGAUAUUCCGGCUUUUGUUAAAGUUGUUCUUCUACCCAAAAGUGGUGGCGUGGUGGAACGAUCUGGCGCUAGUCGAGCUGAAGCGCGUGAUAUUAGGAUAAAGGAGUAUUUUUAUGGCCACCGGUCGCCACUUUACCCCCAUUCGUUCGACGUGAAAUGGUCGGAUUUAAAAAUAUAUAAAAUUGGUGCGCCGGCUCUACCUGACUCGUGUAUGCCUUUAGGAAUGAAGGCUGAGGAUAAUAUGACAAAACUCGUAGCUGUCCAACCUGGACCCAAUCUGCUGCAUCAUAUCUUGGCUGUGAGCUUUGCAGAAUCAAUCGAAGAUGACGUGAUACAGACGAAUGUUGCUGGUUUCAUCUGUGUGACGCACGUGGAUUGUGAUCGACAAACUAUUACCGUUCUAUCACCGCAGCCGCGGCCCUUACCAAAUGUCAUACUGCUUCUUUCAGAGUUACAAUUUAUGGACACUCAUUAGCUUUAACUCGUUUACGAGUUUUGUUGUGUUUCUCAAUAACUUUUGUUAAGUUAAACGACUUCAACGGAGGACAUAUUUUUAGUGUAAAGGAUUUUUUUAAGACUGUAUAUAUAUGAAUUUUACUAUUUUUCUAAGGAAUAAAUACGAGUUUUUAUUCUA